ACCAUUCUCUUUGGCCAUCGUCAUCGCUUGACUUCCCUAAUAUAGUAUCUUUAUCUUCCGAUGAAGAACAACACAUGCUAGCUUCCAGUAAUCCCAAGAAACGCGCCGGCCGAAAGAAGUUUAAAGAGACGAGACAUCCUGUUUUCCGCGGAGUUCGUCUCAGGAAUUCCGGGAAGUGGGUUUGCGAAGUCCGCGAGCCUAACAAGAAAUCAAGAAUCUGGUUAGGCACUUUCGCAACAGCCGAAAUGGCAGCUCGAGCUCAUGACGUUGCUGCUUUAGCACUCAGAGGACGAUCUGCUUGCUUGAAUUUCGCUGACUCGUCAUGGCGGCUGCCGAUUCCAGCUUCCAGUGAUGCCAAAGAUAUUCAAAAGGCGGCGGGCGAAGCAGCAAAGGCAUUUGAGCCAAUAGAGAUCGAAGCAGACGAGUCGAAAAACUCGGGUGUGUCGGAAAAUGUGGUUUAUAUGGACGAAGAGGCAGUUUUUGGGAUGCCGGGAUUGUUAUCAGAUAUGGCCGAAGCAAUGCUUUUGUCUCCGCCUGCAUGCCUUGCCGAUGACAGGGAGGAGGUAGAAACAUAUGCGGCGGAUGUGUCAUUAUUAUGGAGUUUUUCCAUAUACUGGUGGCUGUUAGCUGUUGCUGAUAGCUGUAAGCUGUUGGCUGGUGUUGCAUUUUUGUCUGCAUUAAGUUCAUGGGUUAUGAUAUGCGGGUUAAUCCUAAUAAUUUCUAAGACUUUUGAGGCGAAUGUUCAUGCGCUAGCCUUUAAAACUGCUACAAUUUCUUCUUUGAAUUUUAGGAUAUGUCGACCCUUAAGUCUUAAGAGUUUCUUCGAAGAGACUUUUGUUGCUAUCAUUUUUGGCAUUAUUUCAUUUUUCUGGAUUUCUUUCUUUUUUCCGGUGGUCAUUAGACCUGAGUUAUUCGUUCCCGCCGGUUGUUUGUUCUUGGGCGUGUUAUUUUUUUAUAUAAAUAAAACCAAGAUAUGUUAUUUCAUUUAUCACAAUUCUUUCCUAAAAAUGGAUCAUUCUCUUUGGUCAUCGUCAUCGCUUGACUUCCCUAAUUUAGUUUCUUUAUCAUCCUUAAUUUCCGAUGAAGAACAACACAUAUUAGCUUCCAGUAAUCCCAAGAAACGUGCCGGCCGAAAGAAGUUUAAAGAGACAAGACAUCCUGUUUUCCGCGGAGUUCGUCUCAGGAACUCCGGGAAGUGGGUUUGCGAAGUACGAGAGCCUAACAAGAAAUCAAGAAUUUGGUUAGGCACUUUCGCAACAGCCGAAAUGGCAGCUCGAGCUCAUGACGUUGCUGCUUUAGCACUCAGAGGACGAGCUGCUUGCUUGAAUUUCGCUGACUCGUCGUGGCGGCUGCCGAUUCCAGCUUCCAGUGAUGCCAAAGAUAUUCAAAAGGCGGCAGCCGAAGCAGCAAAAGCGUUUGAGCCAAUAGAGACAGAAGCAGACGAGUCCAGAAACUCGGGUGUGUCGGAAAAUGUGGUUUAUAUGGACGAAGAGGCGGUUUUCGGAAUGCCGGGAUUGUUAACAGAUAUGGCGAAAGCGAUGCUUUUGUCUCCGCCUCCAUGCCUUGCCGAUAGCAGGGAGGAGGUAGAAACAUAUGCAGCGGAUGAGUCAUUAUGGAGUUUUUCCAUAUAAUUGCUAUAUAUUAUAAAUAUGAAUCAGAUUAAAAAACAAGCUCACUGUACAGUACUCAGUGUUUUUGAAUAGUAUGGGAAAAGUAGUUAUUUUAA